CCCAAAUUUGUCACACACAUUUAACAGCAGCAUUCACACACACUCACACACACACACACACACACGCACAUCACAGAACAGGCGCGUAUUUUACACGCCUCUCUCUGGUCGCGUGGGCGGCUGCAGAGCUGCAUGGAGCAUCUCGCCGCCUUAUAAUCUAUUUCAAAUGAGGAGCGCUAUAAUCAUCAGUGACCUAUUAUAAAGGUGCACUGGGUGCGUGUUUUGUAAGUGUAUGUUGGAUAGGAGGAGGAGGUGGUGGAGGGGGGUUUUUGGGUAACCCUUCAAAAAGAUCUCCGUACUCCCCCACGUGGUUAUUUGCAAAACAACCAACCUAAAGUGAAGGGAAACCUAAUCAAAUCACCUUCUUUGGAGAGAAUUGUAAAAAAAAAAAAAAUGUUACUUUUACGCACAGGUUUUACGCAAUGACAUGAGUGCUGUUAAAAACACUCAAAGAGACAUUUAAUAAAUAGAAACAUGUGUUUUUUCUAUAACAUAUGUAAGAUCGGAGCUUUAUAUCCAUGCAUGCUCUGAAAACCCCUGCUCCUAUUGAAUAUGUCCCCAGUGGGCUUGAAUCAGAAGAGGAGCCAAUAACAAGCGUCGGUGGAGGCGUGUCUUCGCUCUUUUUUUUCCACCAAGACCUCCCAGAGCAGGUUGUUGCGUGUUUUUUUGUGGGCUCUAAAGCCUGGAGACCCUCCGAAGCGCUCGUCAGUUUUCGAAGUACAGGAGCCAUGGCGACAACAGCUCAGUAUAUUCCUCGGAAUAACUCCUUACCGUCCAACCCGCUCAUGCAUCCGGACUCGGAUAGGAUGCACCAGGGGACGACCUACAGAGAGGUGCAGAAAAUGAUGCACCACGAGUACCUGCAAGGGCUCGCGGCCACCAACACGGGACACCCGAUGAGCCUCACGCACCACCAGUGGUUGCCCACGUCCAACACCGACUGGACGUCCACUGGCGGCACCCACAUCGGACAGCAGGAGCACAGCAAAGCCAGCCAAGUGACGACCCGAGAGGACCUGAGCUCCGGCUUCCAUCACAGAUCUCACCUGGUGCACCAGCAGACGCAGAGUACCCACCAUGGUUCGUGGGCGCAAACCACGACCCACCACUUGUCCCCGCUGUCCCCUGCAGCGUCCAACACUCACCAGUCCUUGGUGUACUCGCAGCCUGGAUACACGAACCUCAACGCGAUGCUGAGCCCUCAACCGGGCUCUCUGCACCACGCCAUCAUGCGGGACUCUCUCCACGACGAGUCGGGCAGCCACGACAACAACAACCAGAUGGAGUCGCCCAACCAUCAGCAGGCUUUCGGCAGCCACCAUCAGGACCACUCGGACGAGGACGCGCCCAGCUCCGACGACCUGGAGCAGUUCGCCAAGCAGUUCAAGCAGCGCCGGAUCAAACUGGGCUUUACGCAGGCGGACGUGGGCUUGGCCUUGGGCACCCUGUACGGAAACGUCUUUUCUCAGACCACAAUCUGCAGGUUUGAGGCGCUGCAGCUCAGCUUCAAGAACAUGUGCAAACUUAAGCCGCUGCUAAACAAGUGGCUGGAGGAGACGGACUCCAACACGGGCAGUCCAACCAAUUUGGACAAGAUUGCAGCGCAGGGCAGGAAACGAAAGAAGAGGACCUCCAUUGAAGUUGGGGUGAAAGGGGCGCUGGAAAAUCAUUUCUUGAAGUGUCCAAAGCCGUCUGCGCACGAAAUCACCAGUUUAGCCAACACUCUGCAGUUGGAGAAAGAGGUUGUGCGCGUUUGGUUUUGCAACAGGAGACAAAAAGAGAAAAGAAUGACACCCAUUGGGGUCCCUCACCCGAAUAUGGAGGACGUUUAUUCCCAAGCAGAGACACCUCCUCUACACCGCACACUACAGAGUCCUGUACAGUGACUGUUUUCAUGAACAAUCCGAGCAUUUAGGUGGGGGAUAGAAAAAAAGGGAAAAAGGGACUAAUGGAGUUUACAGUAUUUAAGUUUGGCUUUUGUUUUUUCCUGAGAGAAAAAGAGACAUGUGGAAAAAGUUGAACCCUUAUAGUAUUCGGAGAUGUCCAACAAAUAGAUGGCAAAGAGGGGGAAAAAUGUUAAUAAGAAAAAAAAAAUCAAGAAAAAAAAGGACAAAAAAAUAUUACUGAUUCCAUUUAAAGUGAAACAAAGAUCUUUAUUUACCAAAAUUAUAUGGAGGAGAAGGCAUAUAAAGUAAAAUUUGAUACCCCCAUGGCUGUUUCAAAUGGGGGAGUAAUUAAAUGUGGCAACUUGAGGCCAUCUCCUCCUGGUGUAACCAUGAACUGUUGUGCGCUCACCAGAACGAGGUGGUUGCCUGGAAAAACCUGAUCAACACUGGAGAUUAUAAUACACUGAAUGAACAUUUUUUUUGCUUUUUCAGGCUUAAAAACUGAUUAACCAGAUUUCUGAAUAUUAGUGUAUACUUUCUUUGUUAUAUUGAGUGUGAUGUUUUGGUUUGGAAAAAUAACUUUCAGUGUCUCUCUUUUUUCUCUGCAGACUAUGUCUUAUGAUUUCUGUCUUUAUUUGCUACUGUAAACACAUCAGAGCAGCCUCUAGUUUUGGGAGUUGAUGGUGGAGAAGUGAUGGAAAUUAUGGCACCCCGAAAAAACACUCAUAAUUAGACACAUUUCAGAAAAAAAAAUGUCCAAUGCAACAGGACGUUUAAGUUCUGACUGCAUGCCUUAAAAAAAAAUAUUUAAAGCUUUGCAGCUGACCACGUCGACAUUACAGUACCAGACGCUAAAAGGGGAAUUUUCUUUUAUUUGUGGGGGGGUUUAUUGUUUUGAAAUUAUUGUUUUAUUUGCAUGGAGCACUUAUUCUUUCGUUGAUAUUAUUAUUAUUGCAAUUUUAUAUUUGUUAAUAAAAUUGUGAGGAGCUGAUCUCCAAUAGGCUCAAAACACAAUAAAUCCCAUGUUUACAGGUUUCCUGGUUGUCACCACAGAGCGCUGUCAGCUCACACUGCUCACUGCCUGAUAAUCCUGUUGUAUUCCAAACAUUUCAAGAGAGAUUGGUCAAAUGACAAAAACGAAACGAAAAGUAAUAAUAACUCAGGUAACUUCAGUGCCCCAUGUCGGAAUAUCACGCCUGUACAUGAUUUUUUUUAUUUUUUGUUCCUCUGUGUUUUUAGAUGUUUCAAUCUGGUUACACCGUUUUUCCUUUGUCCCCAUAAAUCCACUGUAUUAUAUUAAAACGCUGGAUUCGGAGAAAAGAAAAUAAUAAUUCCUUAAUAAGGGGGGAAGCGAUGAAAAGGGACUUAACUUUGGAUAUAUUUAUUUUUUUCUGACCUGAAAGGAAAUCUGAAAAAUCUCAUGCGUUUGUGUGUCGUUUCUCAAUGUUGGACCAGUCCAAAAAGCCUAAAAGCAGUGUGCUAUUCAAUACAGAUGAGGGAUUUUUUUUUUUUCAAGAAAAAAUAAUAAUAGUUAAAAAAAAAAAAAAAGAUUUUAGAAGAAAAUGUUGCCAGGAUUAUUU